CACUUUUAAAUUCGUAUCUAGCGAACGAGUUACCAUUUGAGUUUUUUUUUUUUUAUAAAAAUUAAUCAUUGUUUAAAAGCCUUUUACUUCCACAUUAAUUCAUUGAAAUAAAUUUGUCUAAAGAUGGCUGUAACUAUUCCGUACAACGAGGGUAUGCGUAUUGGAGGUGUAGUUAAUAUGUCACAUUUUACAUUCAAUGAACAUAGCCAAUGCAAUACUGCAAUUUCUACAAGAAUGGUAUGCAGCUCUACCACAUCUUAUGCCAAAAUAUACAGUCGACAAGAUGUUUGCCGAAUUCUAGACAUACCUGAAGUCUAUGCAUUAAAGGUUUUAGUUGGCACCAUUAGAAAUGAGGCUGUUUCUGCAUGUCUGAAUGCUAUCGGAAACAAGCACACAUUUUCUAUGAUAUUUAGAUCAACAUUAUCGAUACAGGAAAGAAAUGCAGAGAGUAUCAACUUAGAUGGCUUAGAUGAAGAGCAAAAAUAUUUGGUUCAGUCAUUACAAAUUGGUAAUGAAAUAAUAGCCAUCAUGACAGUUACUAUAAAUGACACGCAGGAAGUGCUGAAGGCGAAAUUGUUGAAAGAAAUUGACUUAUACUUCCCAGAAAACUAUGGCACUUUGGACCAAAAGAAAUUAACAUAUUUAUAUCCACGUCUAGACAUUAUUGAAAAAAUACUCCUUGAGGUCUACGCCUGCAGAAUAACGUAUAUAAGUUUUGAUGAUUUAGACAAACGUCCAGCAAAUUUUCAAGGAAUGAUAAAAACGAUUUUUCUGUUUAGAAAGAGUGCUGAUAGGUGGGCCACAAUAUAUAGGUCAAGAAAAGAGUGCAGCACUGUAUCUAGAGAGCUAGAAGUGAGAAACGCAGAGAAUAAUGUGCCAGAAAACAGACUAAAUAUUCUUGAAACAAGAUCUUUCCUGACACGCUUUUGGAAUAUAUUUGGUUAUACUUGUGAUUCAGACCUCGAUAAAACCUUGAAAAUCAGGAAAGCUGAUUCACGUGACUUCUUUUACAUCAAAGGAACUCUAAAACUUGUAAUGCAAAGCACUCAAGCUCCUAUUAGCGCAUCGUCUAGAAAAAUAAUUGAAAUGAUUGGCAAAUAUCUGAUUAUCAAUAAGUACACAUUAGCUCAGGUUGAGGAUCAUAUGAAGAACGCACAUAAUUUUAGUGAGCAAGACAAACAAGAGGGAAAGAUGACCAUAGAUCUCAUGAAGAAGGAUAUCCAGGCUGUUAGUGACUUUGUUGCUAGGGUUAGCUUUCAUCAUUUUCCAGUUGACGAAAACAUUGAUGAAAUUUUAUUGUGUGACAGAGUCAAAAGUGCCAAACAGUUUAUAAAGAAUACCAACUUGGUUCUACCUAAAGGUGGGAACCUUGACCUCUUACUGAUGGGGAAAAGUAAGAAUGGCAAAAGUUCAACAGGCAACUCUAUUCUUGGACAAGAAAAGUUCAUAUGCCACACCAAAACUCUAAGGCCAAGUAUGGAUUGGGUAGAAGUAGACGGAAGAGAAAUUAAAGUUGUUGAUACAUAUGAUUUAAGCGACUUCAAAAACAUCAAUAAAACAAUAUGUGAAAGUAUUGUCUAUUGCCAUGAAGGUUUCCAUGCCAUACUACUGAUAUUCAGAUAUCAAAGUGACUUCGAAGUAACUGACACUGAGAUAAAUAGUAUAGAAAAGCUGAAAUUCUUUUUUGGUAACAACAUUAUAAAAAAACGAUGUAUUUGUAUUUUUACUCAUGGUGAUAAAUUUCAAUCGGAAAUAAAAACAUCCUUUAAAAAGUGGUGCUUAAAUCAAAAGGGCAACACAAAACGGCUGCUUGAAGAGUGCAACUACAGAUGUGUUUUAUUUCACAACAAAACAAACAAUGAAAAUGUAAAGAAGAGACAACGUUUUGAAUUAGUGGAAUUUCUUGACAGCGAAUCAUUUGACAAAAGUCUUUUCAACAACGAUUUGUUCAAAUUGGUCAGUAGUGAUAAAGUAAAGAUGGAGGAAGAAAUAGCGAAGGGUAUAGAGAAAGUCAAAAUGAAGUAUGAAAAAUUAAUAGAAAGUAGUACAGAUGAUUUUCAAUGUCAAUUGAAAGAUCUGAUUUCUGACCUUCAAACUCUGAAGAGUAAGUCAGCUGGAAACGAUGAAUUACUUAAGGUCAUCUCCACCUUGUUUGAUACGUUUCAAACGUCUUUGAAUACUUUUGAAUAAGUUACACAAUUAAGGGGGGUAUGUCCGUAAUUGCAAACAUUAAGGAGAACCCUGUUCCCGCCUUUGCUGGUUUGUUGAAUGUUUCUUUCUCUUUACAACUUUGAACAAUCAAUGAAGUGUAGCAUUUGUUAUUGUCCUUGCUUAUUAUGUACAACAUGAUUUUCAGACAUUUUUUUUUAUUAAUGGAAAUUCACAUUUUCACAUUGUAUUUUAAAAGUAGUCAUAUUCAAGGGUCUUAACAAGCUUGUUUUAUAUUAUAUUGUAUAUUCCUAGCCAUGCUUUAUAGAUGAAAACUUGAAUUAUUACGGUUUGUCUCCUUACCUUAUCUUAUGUAUUAGAGACGUAACUUUAAAAAAAGAAGAUUAUUACAUCCUACGCAUUUCAUGUGUCCAUCUAUUCAUGCAUGUUGUAUUUAAAUUAAUCUACGGCUUAAACUCUGCUAAGUCGUUGGUUUUCCUGGCUGAUUCAUGAUUUCAGACUCUCAUACAUAGGUGUUCUCUACGUUCUCGAAUCCGAACCAUUUACUGAAGAAGUCCUUUUCUACCUGGCUGGAUGGCGUGUUUUCGUAUUAUUUCUUUAGAAAUGUUGCAGCGUCAUGCCUGUAGGCAUUUAACAGUUCUUUCUUUAGCGCUUGGUAACUAUUCUGCAUCAGCUGGUCGUGGUUUUGGCAAAUCGUAAGAGCUUGCCCAUGCACGAAAUCCAACAAGAUUAAAUCCUAGGAUUAGGGGCUCCAUUCCCUAAUCAGGCAAUUAAAUAGCGUUUUUCGCUCAAUUUAGUUUUAAUAGUGAGGGAACAUGUAAUAUUGGUAAUUGAAUUCACUGGCAAAAAAAAUAAUUCUUUUAUAGAUGUAACGUAAUAAAGUGGGCUGUGGCCAUUAUAUGCAAGAGAUACUAAUAUUUAAUUGUUUUGAGGGGGCGAGGGAAAAACAAUGGAUGUAGAGUAGGCCUACACAGACCAGAAGUGAUUGUGCUUAGGAGGGCGAUUUAAAGCAAGCCGUUGCAAUUAAACGUAACAUAUACGAGAAUACGUUAGCCAUAAGGGAGAGGGCUGUUGAAACGUGAUAUCAGUUUUAUGGACAAAAGUAAUAUUUCAGCACUUUCAUGAUAUAAUAAGAAAAAAGGCCAUGAAAAAAAAAAUCAAAUUCAAAGUGAUAGAUACUAGAAUUAGUGGACCAAUGGAAUCUUAUUUUUAUAUGUAAAAAAAAAACAGAAAGGGGUGAACGGAAAACAAAAUAUAUAUGUAGGAAACCUUGCUGGAUGAAAGCUAAAAGAAAAGGCGUUUAGGCUACGAGGCCUUCAUUGGCUACAAACGAACUAAAAACACAAAAUAGGCUUAUAUUAAUUUAUUUUUCCGAAGAUGCUGUUGUGUAUCGAAGCAGAUAAAAAUACUCCGCUGGUGUAAAAGCAAAGAAAAUUUUUAAUAAAUGUGAAGGACCUAUUCAAUGGCAUUCAAAAGAUUAAAAUCAAGAAACUGAAACGAGCAAAAAUGUUCAUAUGUGUGCUUUAAAACUAAAAAAAAAAAAGAGUUAAUUUGAAAGUGCAUUCUUCAUAUUCAUUAACAAUGGAAAGAAAAAAAACGAUUCCUGUAAAUAAAUAUGUAAUGGUAAUGAUGGGGGUGUGUUGCUGAGUGGUGAAGCGCUUAGCUUCUAAAACAAGGGUUCUCAGGAUUGAAUCCUGUUGAAGACUCGGAUUUUAACUUCUGAAAUUUAAAGGGGCCCCUGAGCCCAGCCAACUCUAAUGGGUGGCGAGUGAAGUUUUUUAACUUGUCUGAAAGUCAUGUUCUUAGGUAUAGGAAGAAGUUUGCAUAGGGCGUGUUUUGUUGUCAAGAAUAUUAUGUGUGUGUGUUUAGUCACGCUUAGUUCCUGUAUUGUCCUUUUAGCGGAGAGAGCUUUCUAACUGAAGAUUUUGUUUGCGCUAGAGUUUUCAGUUUUCCCGUUUUAUCGGGUGUUAGGCUCGGGGGAAGUGUGUGGUUUUGAGCUCGUCUUAAAGCCGUGUAUAACCCUUCAUUAACCCUUGAUUAGUUUGAACCUUGCUGUGUUGUAGUAUAUGAGCCGUGUGACCGAAAUUGAGUGUGUGCGCGUGAGGUGUGUUCAUGUGUGCAAUUAAUAAUGCAUUCACUUAUUAUCACAUGAUUUAUUCUGACUACUAAGUAUUUUUAUUUGGUAUUAAAUAUUGAUAUUGUCCAA